AUCCAAAAUAAUAAGGGUAAUUAUGUAAAUGCCCACACAUUUCCUCACAAGAACUCCUCAAAACCCUAUUUUCGUUUUUUUUUAUUCUUACUCCCAAAGCACAGCGCCGCCGCCAGAAUCACAAGGAGGAGGAGAAGAACAAGAGGCGCAGGCAGCAACAAUGACAGGCAAGACGGUGAAGGAUGUCUCUCCACACGAGUUCGUCAAGGCUUACGCUGCCCAUCUCAAGCGCUCCGGAAAGAUUGAGUUGCCUGCUUGGACAGACAUAGUGAAGACUGGUAAACUUAAGGAGCUUGCUCCUUAUGACCCUGACUGGUACUACAUCAGAGCUGCGUCCAUGGCGAGGAAAGUGUACCUGAGAGGUGGACUUGGAGUUGGUGCUUUCCGCAGGAUCUAUGGAGGAAGCAAGAGGAACGGAAGCCGACCUCCUCAUUUCUGUAAGAGCAGUGGUGGCGUUGCUCGUCACAUUCUUCAGCAGCUUCAGACCAUGAACAUUGUCGACCUUGACACCAAGGGGGGAAGGAAGAUCACAUCAAGUGGUGAGAGAGAUCUUGACCAAGUCGCUGGAAGGAUCGCAGCUGAAGCCAUCUAAAUGAAGAUCAUCAUCACAAUGGUUUAUUGUCAUUUCCAGAGUUUUUAUGUUUUUUGAGUUUAGUUAUUUGGAUCGAGUUGCAUUUAAAAUCUUGAAUGGAUGUAACUUCACAUUUUUGUGUUGAUGAGAUUUUCACUUUUUUUACUCUUUUUAAUUAUCAGCGACUUUUGGCUAUAUAUUUGAAAUUAUUUCUGAUUU